UAGCGAUUGUUACGUAGGGUUGUGUUCACAUUUAAUCUGAAUAAGAUUUUAUUUCAUUACGUUAAAUAAAUAGAAAUUUUCAAUAAUAAUGACCUUUUUGACGUUUGAUAUUUAUACUAGUGAAAUAUAAAUGACUUGCGAGCAGUGAACACAGAUAAUUAUUAUAUGUAUCUAAACCGGAUAUAAUAACUAUGGAUUUUGAUUUAAUUUAAUGAAUUACUUAUGGUGGAUUGUUUUAAUUUGCAUCUUAGUGAAAUAAUAUAUGACGUAUUAGGAUAAAAUUUAAUAUUUAAAAUGUGUGUACCAAAGAGUAGAAAAGUUCAAUAUUUGGCGGGUAUUUGUGUUUCCUUCGCAUUUACGUUUACCGGAGCCGUAAUAUCAUGGCCUUCUCCAGCUAUACCGAAGUUUAUCUAUGGUGAAACAGGCGUAGAAAUUACCGAUGAACAAAGUUCCUGGGUAGUAUCUUUGGCUGCACUCGGUGCGUUACCAGGAUGUUAUCUCGGCAAGGAGUUGAGCGACAGAACGGGUCGACGCCUUACCGUUCUAAGUGCGCCGCUUCCGGGAUUUUUGGGUGCUCUUAUCAUUUUGUAUACAAAGAGUCCGAUAUUGAUGUGCUUGGCGAGAGUCCUAAUGGGCAUAGCAAAUGGAAUAACAGCUGUUGUUACAAUGAUAUAUCUCACCGAGAUAGCUGAUAAAGAGAUACGUGGCGCUCUAGGAAUGUUAGUCCAAGUAAUGAAUAACUUGGGCAGUCUAGUCGUAUACAGCGCGGGCCCGCACGUUAGUUACACGGUUCUAAACUUGAUCGUUCUUACGUUUUCAUUUUUUUAUGCGAUCAUAUGCUUGUGGGUACCGGAGUCGCCGUACUAUUACUUGGCGAAUGGGAGACUGGCUGAGGCAAAGAAGGAAUUUAUGAUACUAAAGGGCACUAAAGAUGAAACGUGGGUCAACGAACAGAUUGACGUGAUGCGCGCGCACGUGCAGGGGAAUAUGGAAAAUAAAACAACGAUAAAGGAACUAACGAAAAUGAAAUAUAGACGGACUAUUUAUAUAAUAGCAGGACUCAAAGUUCUACAAUAUAUGACUGGUAGUUUGGCGAUACAGUCGUAUGUCGAAAUCAUAUUCAGACACAACACUAGCAUUUCGGGGCCUUUAGUCAGCAUAUUAUAUGGAUUUGUGCAACUGGGAGCAGGUAUAGCGGCAACAUUUUUGUGCAGAUUUUACGGUAGGAGAAUUCUCUUAUUCAUCUCAACACUAGGAGUCGCCGUUUCUUUGACGCUCGUCGGCAUAUAUUUUUUCUUACUCACUUCGCUCGACGUGAGCUCUCACAUAUUGUCGUCCUUGUGGCUAUUACCUAUUAUUGGAGUAUUAAGUUUUAAUGUUUUAUACGCCGUCGGUUUAGGUAAUAUACCAUAUAUAUUGCAAGCCGAGUUAUUCCCCAUAAAUGUCAAAACGUUAGCAUCAAGUCUGGCCACGAUGAUGGCUUGUAUCUUAAAUUUUAUUGUUACAAAAUUAUAUCAGAGUGUUAAAGAUACGUUCGGUAUUUAUACUGUGUUUUGGUUGUUCGCAAGCAUCGCCUAUAUAGGUGUGUUUUUCACAUAUUUCUUUGUACCUGAAACGAAGGGUAAGACUUUGGAGGAGGUUCAAGAUAAUAUACAAAAUCAUGAAGUCGAAAGACUCAAUAAAUUAUAAAAAAAAGGUAAAAUUAAGUUCAUUAAUAAUUGUCGAUAACUCGGUUUAAACUUUGCGGGCACACUCCACUACAGUUUAAUGAUCGAAAUGACAAAAAUUUAAAGUUAUUUAGAAAACUAUCCCAGUGUGAAUGCGUUCACUAUCCAUAAAUGGUCUAUGGUACUAACCGAUAUAUAUCGACCCACGGUAAUGAACUUUUAAGUUUUAAAUUGUCACUUUAUUGAAAAUAUUGACUAUAAAAUAAGUAUAUUUUACAAAAAGGUUGUGUUCAUAUAAUAUAGAAAUAAGGUUGGUGAAUGCUAUAAAUUAAUCCGAUAUGUACUUUUGUACUUAUAUAUCUCAUAGCUUAUGAUUUAGGCUUACGUUAAAAUUUUACAUUUAAUGUUAAAUGAGUGUUGACACAUUUUAAGUAGGUUUCUACAAGUAUUUUGUGUUUACUAUUUAUCUACUCGUUUUACUAUAAAUGGAUUAACAACUUUCAAAGUGAUCAUAAUUAAACACACGAGACGACUUCACACAGUAAAAUAGUUAUUCGUGUCUCGUAUAUUGUGUCAACGCAUUUGUACAUUACAUUUAUAUAAAUACCGCUGUGUGCCUAAUAUACCGUUUUGAUAAGCAUUAUAAAUGAAUGCUUUUUAAUAAUAUUUUUUACUAUAAAAAUGUUAUAAAGUUUUUGUUUGUUUGUUUUCUAUAACGAAAUAACUGUUUAACCGAUUGGCAUAUAUAAAUUUUAAGUCAGAACUUCAGGCUAAUGUUAGAAAAUAUAGAUUAAUAGUAAGCUCUAUAAAUAUCGAUUAAAUUGUAUCAAUAUCUUGGUAAAAUGUUUUAUGGCAAAUGCGAGUUUACAAACGACACACAAGGUUUGGUAUGAGUAUUUUGUCCUGAGAUAUCAAAUAUGUUUACCGAAAAGUUCGUGAGAGCAUAUCGCUACUAAUAAAGGAUUUUUUUUACUUUAACAGAAGAGGAAAAA